CGUUGAAACAAAACGGCGGGCAGCCUUGAAGAAGUCUGACGUUUGUGGUUAUCUAGUUUUACCUGCUUCAAAUCGCACUAUUUCUGGAGAUCUUAGUUACCACAAUGAUUUGAAUACUUCUAACUAUUAUAAAUUCUCACUGUACAUUUUUAACUGUUACGUAACAGUGUACAUUGUACCACAUAACGUGUUUUAAAACACAAUUGUGCUCAUACACUCGUUUAUUUUUAACAAGCACUAAUUUUAAGCAUAAGGAGAGACAUCGUCUAACAUGGCGACCCUCUGAACUAAACCAACGAUGGACUCAAAUAGACUACAUUGCCAUCAGUCACCUUUGGAGAGGCUCGAUCGAAGACUGCCUCUUGUUCUAGAGUACAUGUUUAGACUCGUCGUGCUCCAAUGCUAGCAUACAUUCGUUUGCGCCUCGUUGAACGCAGGAAAAUCCCAUUAAGAAGACCCCUUAAGGUUGAACUGAACGGUGCGGUCACGUUUUAGCGAUUAGGUUGACUAAUAUUUUGGUUAAAAUCUGAGAGUUAGACAUAAUCCCGCCUAACUGGUCGCAAUCACUGAGCGUCCCAAUACAUAAAAAUGGUUCAAAAUCAUCCUGUGACAACCACAUACUCACCAUUCGCCAAAUCUUAGGACACAGGCGUGCUUAUUGGCGUCCCACGAUGAUAGCUUUUCUUGACUUAAAGACAGCAUUUGACUCUGUAGUCUAAGAGGUUCUGUGGCAGUGCCUGUCACUGAAAGGCUUAUCUCAGAAGUACGUAAACCUUGUCAAAGCCCUUUACUCAAACACUACCAUCCGAGUCAGCUUAUGGCGAACUGUCAUCUAUUCUUGCAACCUCAAGUGGUGUCCGACAAGGCUGUCCACUAUCUCCAUUUUCGUUCAACUUCAUCAUAGACCUAUAGCUGGAAAUAACAUUUUCAUCGACUGAAUUUUCGAGCAUUGAUCUCCCACCAGAACGUUCACUGAUUGACUUAGAAUACGCAGAUAACAUUGUCCUGUUUGGUGAAGAUACUGAUAAAAUGCAGAGUAUUUUGGUAGCACUGAGCAACAAUGCCAGGAUGUUUGGAAUGCAUUUCUACGGCGUUAUGGGUAUGCAACUACUGCACAGCUUAGACCAUAUGCUUCUCUACGUAUAGAUAGCCUUCUAAAUAUAUCUUCGAACCCCCCAUCUCUGACUUCUGAUUUGACUGGGUAGGUAUGAAGAUGUUACUGGUAAAGGCAUCAUCAAACUUCGAAUACAUUUGUCAUUAAUAUUCUGCGUAAACUAAUGAUAAGCUUGUGAAUCACCUCAAGAAAACUUUCAUGUUUUAAUACGAGUUUACAUUUUUCCAAAGUCGUGUUGCACAUCAUGUUUUCGCUAUCAUAUCCUACAAUCGUGCGUUUGACUUGGAAUAUUUCGUCCAUCCAUUCUCGUAAAUUCUUGAUAGACAAAUCACUAUAGACUGAUACAAACUCAAUUUUACCAAGUAGAUAUAUUGUACCUUAUCCUUGCACACAACUAUGUCAACUUUCUGAUCUCUUAGGAUUACCAGGAAGUAGAAAUGGUUCCAAUAGUUCUUGCCGUACCUGGUCUUCAUUAUGUCCAUAUAUGGUGUUGAUCUAUUGAUUGCUUUUAUCAGUCCAGUUUUGUAUCUCCAAUUUAAAUCUUCAUGUUCUUCUCUUGCAGAUAAAUGAAAGUUCAUUAGUCCUGGUAUAACCGUCUGUGAAUAUCUGAAAUACUUAUACCGUAUAUGGACUGUAUAAUUGUAUUUUGAAGAACAUGGUUGAUAACGCAACGUUAAGCGAUACUUAUCGAAGCCAUGACUCGUCUGGAUCCUCGAGACUUCUUAUUCCUGAUUCAGUUAUCGGAUUGGUCGAUUUCCAAAUUAAUAGUUAUUAUUGACAUUUAGUGUUUUGUUCCAGUACCCCUAUUUACAAAGGCAUAUAUUUUCAAUCCACUGGUUGUCUGUUAUUUUAACUUCUACGGUUCAAAAUCCGCAAAGAAAAAGAUACGUUUUACUUUUGCUGCUUUACAAUCCCACACUUCGAAGAGUAAGACGACGAUCGCUGUCGCUUUUAGAUGCGUUUUAUACAAUGGUUGUUGGACUUGAUAGUGCUUCAUUCCCUUUAUUGAUAUGAGUGUUUCCCAUCAGGUUGUAUUGUAAGUUGCUUAACAUGAGCUUGUUCUUAGCUAAUCCUAGAUGUAUACUUCCGAAAUUUACUAGGGAUAUUGGCAAGACUGGAUUCUGUUAACUUUUCGAACGCAAUAAAACUUCUAAAAUCAAUGUCAGUAUUUUCAUCUCGCCUAUUCCCCCCAACUUUCUAAUUUCAAGAGUUAAAAGGCUUUUAGUUUUGAUAAACCCAAACCUUUAUUUGUGGAAUAGCUUAGUGUGACUACCAAGAUUUCACUUUCUUACCUAGAUGUAAUUCAGUAAAUAUGCCACGUGCAACCUUCAGGAGCUCAGAUUUCCCCUCCACGACGUAUCGGUUUGGGGAAUGUUUUAAUCUUUACAUCAACUAAUGUCACUUUUACGCAUUGUUUUCUACAUAUUUGUUUUGAUUGUCUCCAGAAUUAAAAAACCUCAGUUUAAAUGGGAACCAAAAACGUAGCAAUUAUAUAUCAUGGGAUGAAUAUUUCAUGUCUAUAGCACUAUUGUCCGCUAUGCGCAGUAAAGACCCUUCGACUCAAGUUGGCGCUUGCAUAGUUAACCAAGAAAAGAAAAUUGUUGGAAUAGGAUAUAAUGGAAUGCCCAACGGUAUUUUAGAUGAUGAUGUCCCUUGGGGAAAAGGAUCAACAAAUGAACUUGAAAAUAAGUAUCUUUAUGUUUGUCAUGCAGAGUUGAACGCCGUACUGAAUCGUAAUGAAGCUCAUUCUGGAGGUUGCACACUAUUCACAACAAUGUUCCCAUGUAAUGAAUGUGCUAAAGUUAUUAUACAGGCUGGAAUUAAAGAAGUGGUGUAUUAUUCGGAUAAGAAGAAUGGAACGGAAUCUAAUCAAGCAGCUAAAUAUUUAUUUAAUAAAGCUGGUGUCAGCAUAAGAAAAUUCACUCCAACGAAUCGAACUAUCAAUAUUAAUCUUAAUUAACUGAGGAUCCUAAUACAAAAAAGCGGAUAACUUACAAUCGACUAUGUAUCCACUGAAUUUGCAC